UAACUACCUCAAUAUUGAAAAUAGAUGACUUCACUGUUGCUUGAAGUUAAGUUACUUCCCGAACCGGAGCCACAUCCCAUUUCAUCACGGGCCUUCCUCAGUUCCUCAGUAGGCUAGUUCUUGCACCAGAGGUACCAUACAGUAACCUACUUUACCCCAUGGUUGGGGACUAGGAGUAAUGAAAGAAACUGACAAAGAGGAGGGAGGAGGGAGAGAAGGAACGUCGAAACCGGAGAAGGAUCAGAGCUGGAUCUCCAAGAUAAUUAAGAAGAGAGUAUGUACAACUUUUGUUGAAGACUCAUCUAGCAAUGGGGCUCUGUGUCAAUGUGGGGGCGAACGGGCGACGCAUACUUCAGUGGCCACAGGGGAUUAUUUUGGCACAGCCAUCGUGAGCCAGUGGGACAGUGCCCAGCACUCGUCGGAGUACCCCACCGACGCCUUCGGGGAGCUGGAGUUUGCUGGUGUAGGGAAGAGACACAGUCACUUCCUGCGCCUGUCCUAUGACACCCUCCCAAGCAUGGCUUACACUCUGAUGACCGUUCACUGGGGUGUACCUCGGCCUAACUUGGUGGUGUCAGUGGUGGGCGGGGAGGGCAAGGUGAAGGUGAGGACCUGGGUUCGAGAAGUGCUCAGACAGGGGCUGGUUAAGGCUGCUCAGAGUACAGGUGCCUGGAUAUUGACUGGAGGGUUGCGGGAGGGGGUGGGGAGGUGUGUGGGUGAGGCAGUGAGAGAUCAUGUCACUGCCGCCCCCUCACUGGCCCAAACCAAGGUCACCACCAUAGGCAUCGCCCCCUGGGGCCUGGUGCAAAACCGCCACCAACUGAUCAAUCCAGAGGGCAGCUUUCCUGCCAGGUAUUAUGUGCAGAACACUUCUCAAGACACCUGCUGUCUGGACAACAACUGCCAGGCCUUUCUGCUGGUAGAUGACGGCAGCGUGGGGCGCAGAGGGGGCGAAGCUGGCUUCAGGGGCCGUCUGGAGAAGUACAUCUCCAACCAGAAGACGGGCAUCUGGGGCAGUGGAAGCAUUGAGAUUCCAGUGCUGUGUAUGUUGAUAGCUGGAGAGGCAACAAUGCUAAUGCAAGUGGACAAUUCUCUCCGGAACUCGACACCUUGGCUAGUCCUGGCAGAGUCUGGGGGUGCAGCUGACCUCAUCUCUGAGAUUGUGGAUGACCUCUUUUCUGCUCCUGCCGCCUCGGUUGCUAUUGAAGGAGAAGGGGAGGUCCCCAGUGUUGACCUGAGGGACCAAGUCAGAGAGAGAGUGAAGAAGCACUUUCCCUCUGAGGAAGAAAGACAGACAGAGAAAUUAACUGAAAUGGCACUGAAUAUCUGUCACAAUAGGGAGCUGAUCACCAUCUACCAUGGUCAGCAGGAGGGGCCGGAUGAUUUUGACACAGUCCUGCUCAAAGCUCUAGUCAGAGCAAGUAAACAUCGGGAUCCCAAUGACACAAGUCCAUACACAGAAGAGCUGAAGCUUGCCGUGGCCUGGAACCGAGUGGACAUUGCCAAAAGUGAGCUCUUCAAUGGAGAUAUUCAGUGGAAGUACGAAGACUUGGAGGCCUCCAUGACUGAUGCCUUGGUGAACAACAAACCUCAGUUUGUGCGGCUCUUCACUGAGAAUGGCUUGAACAUCCUGGACUACCUGACGUACAAACGCCUGGAGGAUCUGUACAGUACAGUAUCGGACAGCUCCCUGGCCUACAACAUGCUGCAGCGGCGUCUGAAUGAACGGCGGAUCAGCACGGGAUCCAUGCCCUCCCUUGCAACUGAGCUCGAUAACCCCCAACCUGGACUCAUUAAAGAACGGGCCAAUAAGGAAUUUACUUUAUAUGAGGUUUCAAGAGUAUUAUGGGAUAUCUUGGGAGAUGUAUGUAAGCCAUUCUACUUUGUUCCCUUGGGACUGGAUGAUGCUGCUCACACGAGAAAGUCACUGAAGAAAAUGAACAAGUUGCUUCAGGGUCAGCGUUUGUAUCUCCCAAAGCGCUGCCAUCACCCCUGGGCUGCCCUCUUCAUCUGGGCUGUCCUGCAGAACCGCAGUGAGAUGGCCAUCUUCUUCUGGGAGAUGGGAGGAGAGUCUGUACUGAGCGCACUUGGUGGCUGUAAAAUGCUGAGGGAACUUUCAAAGCUGGAGGGGGAGACUGAGAACAAGCUGUCCAUGAAGGAGCUGGCACAGAAGUUUGAGAACCUAGCACAUGAUGUGUUCAGUCAGUGCUACCAGAGCAGUGAGAAUCGCUCCUUUACACUACUGAUCAGGAUGUCAAAGGUUUGGGGCGGGGCUACCUGUCUGCAGAUGGCAACAGCAGGUGAUGCCCGCCUCUUCUUCAGCCAAGAUGGAGUGCAGUCUCUCCUGUCUCAGAUCUGGUGGGGAGACAUGGACAGAAGCACAGAGGUGUGGAGACUCCUCUUCACUUUCCUUUGCCCCUUUCUUGUCUACACCAAGCUCAUCAAGUACAGGGAGCUCGAGGAGGAAGCAAACCCUGAGGAGGUUCCUCGGGACAAAGAGAUGGAUAGCCUGGAUGGAGUGACCAUCUUCUCUUUCUCUGACAUCAAGCACACUCACGGUGAAGAAGAAGACGACGAAUUUUUUUCUUACAGACAAGAGAACAAAGACUACAUCCCUGGAGCUUCCAAGCACCCAUUUGUGGUGUCACGAUGGAGGCAGUUCUGGUCUGCACCAGUCACUUCUUUUCUAGGAAAUGUCCUGAUGUACUUCCUCUUCCUCUUCCUGUUUGCCUAUGUGCUCUUGGUUGACUUCAAGCCACCACCUCCAUUAGGCCCUGCCAUAACGGAGUUUGUGCUGUACUUCUGGGUCUUUACCAUCGUCUGUGAGGAACUCCGACAGACCUUCUUUGUGGGCAACAGCCCAUUGCGACAGAGGAUGUGGCUGUACAUUCAGGACGUGUGGAACAAGUGUGACCUUACAGCCAUCUUAUUAUUCAUUGUCGGGCUGUGCUGCAGAAUGUUCCAGUUGUCCUAUGAGAUUGGCCGGGCAGUGCUCUGUGUGGAUUACAUGGUGUUCACCCUCAGACUCAUCCACAUUUUUGCCAUUCACAAGAGGAUGGGCCCCAAGAUUAUUAUCGUGGGAAAAAUGAUGAAGGAUGUGUUCUUCUUCAUUUUCUUCCUGGGGGUGUGGCUACUAGCAUAUGGAGUGGCCACUCAGGCCUUGCUGUACACGUAUGAUCCGCGCCCAGACUGGGUCCUGCGCAGGGUGUUCUACCGGCCUUACCUGUUCAUUUUUGGACAGAUACCCCUUCAGGAGCUAGAUGCUGCCAAGGCAGGGGGCAUGAGCUGCACACACAACGUGACACUAAUUGAUGCUGGUGCAGAGCCCUGUAUGAACCCCAAGGCCAACUGGCUGGUGAUCAUUCUGCUGGUCGUCGACCUGCUGGUUACCAACAUCCUGCUGCUUAACCUCCUCAUUGCCAUGUUCAGCUACACUUUCUCCAAGGUACAAGACAACAGCGACACCUACUGGAAAUUCCAACGUUACAACCUGAUUGUGGAUUACCAUUCACGCCCAUCACUGGCACCCCCCUUUAUCAUUCUGUCCCACCUCCAUCUAUUCAUCAAGAGAAACGUCCGCAAGAUCCCCUCUGUCAAGAUCCAUCAUUUUGUGCUGGAGCUAACAGGCAAGCGGGCCAACAGGCUGAUGACAUGGGAGGGCAUUCAGAAAGAGAACCUCCUGACCGACCAGAACAAGAGGCAGCGAGGGAGCGACACAGAGAGACUCAAGCGCACAUCUUCCAAGGUGGACGGUGUGCUGAAACAGAUGGCUGAAAUUCGUGACCAUGAUCGGCGAUUGAGAGCACUGGAAUCACAGAUGGAUUAUUGCUGCAGUGCCCUCUCCUGGGUGGUAGAGACAUUAUCUCAGAGCAAGCCAACACGUCCUCCACCUAAACUCAGAGAGCCUCCUCCAAGUUGAUCAAAAGAGCAAGACCAAAAGGGUCAGUGAAACGAAGAGGCAGACCCUUUUCACUCCACUACUGAACCUGUUUUUAUGGAUUUAAAUACUUUUACUGCUGCUGAUUGUUCUGUUUCCAUUUUUACAUCAACCAUCAUUAAUCAAUUGUUUCCUAUCAGUCACUGUUUCCACACAGAUCAGGAGUGAGGGUGGGUGAGGGCAAACGGGGAAAUGUGUACAAACUUCGGAAGUAUUUUGAUAAAUGACACUUAACUUUGUUGGAGAACUCUAGGGCAACUGUCUGGUGUCAGUUUUAUUUAAGAAGUGGUUAUGUUAUGCAAGUUGUAAUUUCUGUGUGUGCGUGCAUGUGUGCCUGUGUGUGACUUCCUCCUGUCAUCUCUGCCUCUUGAGAGUAAAGGGCACAGUGUGUGGAGGACAAUGUUCUGCUUUGGCUUUAACCUUACAAGGAUGUGUGCUGCCAUGGAUUACACUGACCUAGGAGAUUAAUUGAACAGUGGAUCUUACAGAAGCAAACAGAAAUCACUCAGAGGAAGAACAUCGCCAUUCCAUCUGAAUCGGUUUUUACUUUCUGUUUAUGUUGUUGGAUCUCAUACAUGUUCCUGUUUGAUGUUUGCGGAAUUAUUAUUUUGACUGUUUAUCUUCCAGAAGCAGGCAAAAAAGAAAUGUGUUUCUUUAAUAAAACUGUUACAUUAUU